AUGGCGGACGAGAAAAUCUCAGGCACCAAGCCUACUGAGCGCCGCAGCUCCAUUCUCGAAACCGAGGAGAAGCGUCGCCAAAGCAUUACGGAGCUGACCGCCAACACCGAGGGAGAAAUCCGUAAUCCGCUCGUCGGCCUUUCCAAAGAGGAACUGAUCGCAGACGUUGAGGGUUUCGCGCGCGAGCACCAGCUCGAAGAUAUCACGCCAAUUCUCAUCAAGGGUGCGCUCGCUGCUCAGGCGCCCGCUCUCAUUGAUGAGAUUGAGGAGCUUGACGAGAACGACCGCAUUACCCUCCGCGAGGAAAUUACGCACCGCUGGAAGCUACCCAAGAUCCUGUAUGUGACAGUCAUCCUCAACUCUAUCGCUGCAGCUAUCCAAGGAUGGGACCAGACGGGCUCAAACGGUGCCAACUUGACCUUUGCGCAGCAAUUUGGUAUCCCUGAUGGACCCGCGACUUUCUGUGAUGAAAGCGCCGCGAACACGGCCUUGUGCCGCAAGAACAGCUGGAUCGUCGGUUUCAUCAACUCUUGCCCAUACAUUGCCAUUGCUCUCUUCACUGCGUGGAUCUCAGAUCCAAUCAACGAUUUGCUGGGCCGCCGCGGCACCAUCUUCAUUGCUGCAAUCUUCUCGGUUCUCGCUCCCAUUGGUUCUGGUCUCACUCAGCAUUGGGGCCAACUCGCGGUGUGUCGUGUACUGCUAGGUAUCGGUAUGGGUCUCAAAGAAGUGACUGUCCCUGUCUUCUCCGCUGAAAACGUACCGGCAAACGUCCGUGGUGGUCUUGUCAUGUCAUGGCAGAUCUGGACUGCGUUCGGUAUCUUUUUGGGUACAGUUGCUAACCUUGUUGUCAUGAACGUUGGUCGGAUCGCUUGGCGAUUGCAGCUGGGCUCCGCUUUCAUCCCUGCAGUCCCACUCCUCUUCGGUAUCUUCUUCGUGCCAGAGUCGCCCCGUUGGCUGAUGAAGAAGCGUCGAUAUGCUCAGGCGUAUAAGUCCUUCCUCCGGCUCCGCAACACCCCACUUCAAGCCGCGCGAGACCUCUACUACACUCAUGCACUUCUAGCUCAAGAGGAGAUUCUUGUGAGGGAGGCUGGUCUGACGCCGAGCAGCAACUUCUUCACUCGCUUCAUCGAGCUUUUCACGAUUCCGCGUGUGCGUCGUGCGACCCAGGCCUCCGGCGUGGUGAUGAUCGGGCAACAAAUGUGCGGAAUAAACAUCAUUGCCUUCUAUUCAAGCACAAUCUUCAGGGAGGGCGGUGCCACCGACAAGAUUGCCCUUAUCGCCUCUUUCGGUUUCGGUCUUGUAAAUUUUGUCUUCGCAUGGCCGGCGGUGUGGACAAUCGAUACAUUUGGACGCCGCGGCCUGCUGCUAUUCACAUUUCCCAACAUGUUCUGGUCGCUGUUAGUCGCGGGUAUGUGCUACUACAUCCCGAAAGACAGCUCGGCGCACAUGGCUUUGAUCGCCUUGUUCGUGUACAUCUUCGGCGCUUUCUACUCUCCAGGCAUGGGCCCGGUUCCAUUCACAUACUCUGCCGAAGUCUUCCCUCUGUCGCAUCGUGAGAUGGGCAUGUCUUGGGCUGUGGCGACCAACAACUUCUGGGCAUCCGUUCUCUCACUGACCCUUCCGACCAUGUUGCGGGUCAUGAAGGCGCAGGGUGUUUUCGGCUUCUACGCUGGGCUGAACAUCGUGGCCAUGAUUAUGAUCUUCUUGUGGCUGCCCGAGACCAAGCAGCGCACGCUCGAGGAGCUUGACUACAUCUUUGCCGUACCAACGCGCACCCACAUGAAAUACCAGGUGGGCCAGAACCUGCCUUGGUGGUUCAAGACGUACAUUCUCCGCAAGAAGGGCCUCGCGAAGCCCGUCCUAUACAAGUUCGACAUCGUUCACAGCACCGAGCCGAAGCCUGAUAUUACUGGCUUGAAGGCGUAG